CUCUCUUGAUAAUAUUCAAUAUGGAUAGAAAAAUUUCUUCAUCAAAGGCCAAAAGAGAAGCCAAGAGACUAGCCUCAGGCAAGAAACCAAAAAAGGAACGCACUUCCAAAAAAUCUGCUACAAUUGCUGAGAAAUCUGAGGCAGAGAUAAUCAACGAUUUAUCCAAUUUGGAUUUGCAAAAGGAUAAACAUGGUCUUAGUGAUCGAGUUACUACUGGUGUUUUGGAUUCCUUGGAAACUUCAAGAGAUAUUAAACUAUCCUCAAUUUCUUUAUUAUUUCAUGGAAAGGUUCUUAUUUCCGAUUCAAAUUUAGAAUUGAAUUUUGGCAGAAGAUAUGGUUUAUUAGGUGCUAAUGGCUGUGGAAAAUCAACUUUUUUAAAGAGUAUUGCUGCAAGAGAGUUUCCAAUACCUGAGUUCAUUGAUAUUUAUUUAUUGAAUCAACCCGCCAUUGCUUCUGACUUCUCUGCUUUAGAUUACGUUAUUAAUGAAGCUAAAUUGGAAUUAAAGAGAUUAGAAGAUUUAUUAGAACAUACACUAAUCAACGAUGGUCCAGAAUCCCCAAUUCUUGAUGAUUUAUAUGAAAGAAUUGAUGAUUUAGAUCCCUCUACUUUUCAAUCAAGAGCCUCAGUAAUUUUAAUUGGUUUGGGAUUUAACUCUAAAACUAUAUUAAAAAAAACUAAAGAUAUGUCUGGUGGUUGGAAAAUGAGAGUUGCCCUUGCAAAAGCUUUGUUUGUUCAACCAACUUUGCUUCUAUUAGAUGACCCUACUGCUCAUUUAGAUCUUGAAGCCUGUGUUUGGUUAGAAGAAUAUCUUAAAAAAUUUAAUAAAAUUUUGAUUUUAGUUUCUCACUCUCAAGAUUUUCUCAAUGGUGUUUGUACGAAUAUCAUUGAUAUGAAAUUAAACAAGCUCUCGACUUUCACUGGUAAUUAUGACACUUUUGUCAAAACUAAAAAUGAAUUGGAUACGAAUCAAAUGAAACAGUAUUACAAGCAACAAGAUGAAAUCAAUCAUAUUAAGAAAUUCAUUGCAAGUGCAGGUACUUACUCAAAUUUAGUUCGACAAGCUAAAUCGAGACAAAAAAUUUUAGAUAAAAUGGAAGCCGAUGGUUUAAUUCAACCAGUUACUCAAGAUAAAAUUUUCUCUUUCAAAUUUCCUGAGAUCGAAAAAUUGCCUCCUCCCGUUUUAAGUUUUGAUAAUAUUUCUUUUUCUUACUCUGGAAAUGCUGAGGAUAACCUAUUUAAAAAUUUAUCAUUCGGUGUAGAUAUGGAUUCAAGAAUAGCAUUAGUUGGUCCAAAUGGUGUUGGUAAAUCAACUUUAUUAAAAUUAAUGACAGGUAAGUUACAGCCACAGUCUGGUAGAAUAUCCAAGCAUACCCAUUUAAAAAUCGGUGUUUAUUCCCAACAUUCUGCUGAUCAGUUAGAUUUAUCCAAAAAUCCAUUAGAAUUUGUUAGAGAUAAAUUUUCUAAUAUUUCUCAAGAUUUCCAGUAUUGGAGACAGCAACUAGGAAGAUUUGGUUUAACUGGAGAGGGUCAAACUUCUAUUAUGGCAACUCUAUCUGAAGGUCAAAGAUCAAGAGUAGUGUUUGCCUUGCUAGCUUUAGAAUCUCCUAACAUUCUAUUGUUGGACGAACCAACUAAUGGUUUGGAUAUCCCCACCAUUGAUUCAUUGGCUGAAGCUAUUAAUUCAUAUAAUGGUGGUGUUUGUGUGGUUUCACAUGAUUUCAGAUUAUUGAAUAAAAUUGCCAAAGACAUUUUUGUGAUUGAACAUAAAACUGCAACAAAAUGGGAAGGUUCAAUUUUAGAUUAUAAGAAGAAGUUAGCGAAAAAUAUUGUUUUAUAAGUAAACUUGGCUUUCAAAACAUAAUUCAGGCUUUAUACAUAUAAUAAAUAUAAAAUUAAAAAUUAAACAUAAAAAAGCUGAAAAAAACAAACCGAAAACAAAUAUAUAUUUUUAUCAAUUGUUGAUUUUACAAUUAGCUAUAAUUUUUUUAUUGGUGUGAUCGUUGUCUUUUUAAAAUUUCUCACAUCUUAUUGUGGUUAUUGAACUUUGUUUUUUUUUUCGGAAACUGAUUCUUCUAAGAUUAGAUCGAAAUUAUCAAUUUUAUGCUUUUUGUUAUUAGCACCACUAUUGUAGCUGUUGUUCCAAAAAUCAGUUUUGUUCUCACCACUAAAAGCUUUGUUAUUUAUAAAAGUAAUUCUUCUUUUGUGACGAUUAUGUAUAUUUUUAAUAU